AUGUCUAUUUCUUUAAUCACGAUAAUACCACAAUUCAUUUUCCUUCCACUUGCAUUUCUAGUCAGGAUCAACAUGCCUGGUUACAGCAAGAAAGAAGAGCCUGAUGACUUCAGCUCCACCACCUUCCCAAAGCCUCCGCCCGGGGCCGAGAACUGGCAGCCUGACCCUGACUCCGUCGCACGCCCUGGUCUUCUUCCAGAUCCUCGUUUCUGCAGGGAUCUGCUCGAGCCUCGCCUUCGGGCUUUGUAUAGGGCAGAGAUCAGGCAGGGCAGUAAGCCGUCGUCGCUUGCUCUACGAGGAAAAGAAACGCGUAGCCUCGGCUCUUGGCCGGCUCCUGUUCCUCGUGGAUCGGGCAUGCCGCGCAACGUGAUCGAUGUCAAAACAGUAGCAUCUUCCAAUCCUGGUAUGACCACCAAGCAUGUCAGCGAUACCUCGUCGGCCGUCUUGAAUCUGGGCAGCAGGAUUGCGAGUGCUGCUGAGCCCAUGGAAAAGAAGAAUGUGUCCGUUCCACCCCAUCUGAGGAAGCUCAAGACUGACACUCUGCCUCAGUUUUCGGCCAAGAAAGUGGGAGAAGAAGAAGAUCGGCUGAAGACCAAGAUACUCGCAUGGCAGGCUGGUGAUGAGUCAGGCAACAGCUGUGGAAAGAAUGUAAGUAUCACGACCCGGUCACCGCUAUCAAAUCCAACUGUUCAGACUCUUGGGCUGCAGCAGGACUUGCUCGGCGACGGGAAUCUUUGGGAUUCGCCUAUUCCAGCUCAACACCAUGAAUACGCACAGCAGGAUUUGCUCGGCGAUGGGAACAUCUGGGAUCCGCCCCUUCCUGUUCGCCGCCCUACGUAUGAGCAAAAGGAGAAAGCUAUGCUGAUUCGCCUUAUGGAGAGUGAACUCGACAUUGGAAAAGUCGCUACCAUGGCCGAAUUGAUGGCAAUGUCCAUGUCAGACCUUGACAACUACUACUUCAAAGUCAGAUCCGCUCACAAGAAGUGGUGGGAGGCCUGUCAGACUGCGCAGGGCUGA